AUGACAAAACUUUUUUACAAGAUAUUGACGAGCGCGCCAAAAUUAAAAUCCACUCCUUUCCCAAGGAAACUGAGCACUCAGAUUCCUACUAAAGAAGUACGGAUACCAGUGCAAUAUGGACAUAUUGCGGGCAAGCUAUGGGGCAACAGUAGUGAGCGACCUAUACUGGCGUUACACGGAUGGCAAGACAAUGCGGGCACCUGGGACCCUCUGAUCCCCAUGAUCAUCAAAGACAGACCGAUAUUAGCAUUAGACUUUCCUGGACACGGAUUUUCGUCCUGGACACCCGGUCUAACAUACAACGAAUGGGAAUGGCCAAGAUUGAUUUUAUAUCUUAAAGAAUACUUCAAGUGGGAUAAAGUUUCCUUUCUAUCUCACUCUAUGGGAGCUAUCGCUGCAACGCGGUUCGCGAGCGUGUUUCCUGAGGACGUCGAUUUUUACAUAGCAAUAGACAGUUUUAUAUUAGAAAACUUAAAUACCAAUACUUUAGUAGAAAAAAUAUACCCAAAAUUACUACAAAAGGCUUUUGUCACCGACCAUUGGUUGGAUAAGGAGCCUCCAUCAUACACGUUAGAAGAAAUAACAAACAUGUGGCACUUGGCAACGAGGAAGUCUAUAGCAUUAGACAGUGUUCAGCACCUGAUGAAAAGAGGUGUGAAGCAAUCAAAAACCGAUCCAAACAAACAUUAUUUCUCCCGGGAUCCUAGGUUAAAGUACGUGAUCCUCAUUCCUGAAGAUAGGAAGUUUACAGAAGCCCUCGUCCGAAGAAUAAAGUGCCCAAUGCUGUUCUUGAAAGCGACAGACUCUCCGUUUUCUGCCGGAAAAUUUUCUAUUGCCAUGCGUGAAAUGAUAGAGAAACAGAACGAUAAAUACGAAUUUCAUUUCGUGCCCGGCAAACAUCACGUUCAUUUAAAUAAUCCUGAAGUAGUGGCUCCUCUAAUUAACAAUUUCUUACAAAAACAUAAAUUGGACGCUUGA